UCGACACAGGUGUCUAAUUAGAAAAAGAUGAUAAGAGAGAAAAGAAAAAAUUAGCAAAAUAUAAAUAAAAGCAUUUUUUUCAUUAAUUACGACAUCAAAACAAAAUAAAUAAAAAAAAUUACAAUUACUUGAACAAUAAUUAACUGUAUACUAAAUAAGUUACAAGAAAAUAUCGCAAAUAAAAGAUAAAGAAGGAAUAAGAGACUCGACAAGGCCGUUCUAUUUUCAUUAGAAAAUUUAUAAAUGGAUGAAGAAAAAAUGGAUACAACACCACAACAAGGGCCAAAAAUGUCUUUGGAAUCGUUGAGUAAAGAGGAAAUUAUACAAAAAUAUAAGGGACUCUUGGGAAUAGCAAAAAAGGCAAAACAAGCAAAAGAUGAAAUCUCCGAGGAAAAUCGUAAAUUAAAGGAACAGUUGCAAGAACAUGAAACACAAAAGGAGGCGGAUAAAAAAGCUUUAAUGACUAUGAAAGAAAUGCUGGAAGCAUAUACUGAAAACAAACUGCAACUAACAACACAAGUUGUCGAAUUACAAAAACAGCGUAAAUUAGAUGCUGAAAAUUUGGAAAAAUUUUCAAUUGAAAAUGAAAGUUUAAAACGACAACUUCAACGUCUAACAGAUGACAAUGAAUCUCUUUUGACUGAUAUAGAAAAUAUGGAAGCACAACUUAAACAAGUGAGUGGUUUUGGUAAAGAGCAAAAACAACAUUUGGUUUCGCUGGAAAAAGAAAUCGCACAAUUGAAAGAAGCUGAAGUUAAAGCUCACGAAAUACAGUUGAAAAAUGAUGAGCUUUGUCAGGAAUUGCAAGAAAUUAAAGAAAAGUAUAAAUUUAUUAAGGAUAUCAAUACAGAGCAAAGGCAUAAAUUUAAUUCUCUAAAAGAUCGCUUCAUAGAGGUGCAUAAAAAAUUGAAAAAACUUAAAGAAUGCAAACGUAUACUUUUGGAAACACAACAUGAGUAUGCAGAUUCUGUGUCGCAGUGGCAAAAUGAAAUUAUUAGAGCUUCAAAACUUCUCUGCAAAGAGCUAAACGAUUUAAGAGAAGAAAAUCAAAAAUUAUUGCAAAAGCUAGGCGAAGAAAAGGAAAAUGCUGCAGAGAAAUUUAUUUGUGUGGACAAGCUUAAUGAGUUGUUGCAAUUGUCCGAAAAGGCCAAACAUGAUUAUCUUAAUUUACAACAUGAAAAUGUAAAAUUAAAAGAAAAUUUAAGUAUUAAAACUAAAGAGUCUUCACCGGUAAGUGUUGACAAUUAUGUGAAAAGACUUGAUGAAAUGUGGCAUCUUAGUGAGAGUGCUUUAGGACAGUAUCGAGCUAUUAAAGCUGAAAAUAUUGCAUUAAAAAAUAAUGCUAAAUCCCAACUUGACCAUCAUCAAUUGGAUUCGAGUGAACAAUUUGAGAAAUGUUUUAAAAUUGCUGUAAAGUUGGAAGAAUUGCAAGUCUUGGCUCAAAAAGCCAGUAAUGACUAUCAACUUCAAACUACAGAAUUGGAAAAGCUCAAAGAAGAUUAUCAACGACUUAAAAAUAAUUAUGAAAUUGCAGAUGUGUCAGCAGAACAAAAUGAAAAACAAUUAAAUACUAAAAAGUCAUUGGAAGAUUCUCAAAAUGAGUACCAACAACUUUUAGAGAAAGUACAACAAUUACAAAAAGAAAAACUUUCCCUUGAAUAUCAAACUCAAGAAUUUGAGAAUCUGAAAGCGGAGUUAAUAAAAAUACAUGAAGAAAAACAAAUGCAAGAAUCGUUAAUUAAUUCUUUGCAGAAAUCGCAUAUAGAGUGUCAAGUACUUACCGAGAAGCUUGAGGAUUUACAACAACAACAGCUUAAAGAUAAAAAAUCUUUUGAAAAUCUUUCACUUGAGUUCCAAAAAGUCUCCAAAGAAAAACAAACAUUAAAUGAUAAGCUGGAGGAAUUGCAGAAAACUUCUGUUGAAACGGAGGACAUGUUUGCUGUAAAGGAACAACUGUUGGCAGCUCGACAAUCAUUGGAGGAAUACCAACAAAUGUAUAAAAACAAAGAAACCGAGCAUGGAGAGUUACUGGAUGAAAUGCGUGAGUUAAAUGAAGCUCUUAAAGCAAGAGGAGAUCUAAUCUCAAGACAACAAGAAGAACAUCAAGUUCUUAAAACUGAACUUAAAACCAAUUCAGAAAGACUGGCAAACAUACAACAAGAACUAGAUAAAAAAGAUGUUGAAUUAAAUGAGAAACAAAGUGAAUUAGAAACAAUUACAAAAGAAAUUCAAAGUACUAAACAAAAAUUGGAAACACUGGAACAUAGCAGUUCAUUGAAUGAAGAAAAAGUUCGGGUACUCAGCAUGGAGUUGGAAAAUAUAAAAACUAAUAAUGCUAACAACUCAAAUGAUUUAGACAAUCAGAGUGAUGUUCUGUCAACAUCUACUAUUUCCAGAGCUGAUGAGCUGCAAAGACUUAAAGAUGUAGAGGAUUCAUUUGAAGAUAAAUACAAUAAACUGCGAGGUUUAGCUGCAAAAUUAAAGAAGAAGUUACAAGAAGAGACAGUUGUGAAACAAAAACUUGAAAAGGAAAUACAGGACUUUAAAACACGCGAAACUGAAUUGAGCGUCCAGUUGAAAGAGCUCAAAGAUAAAACCUAUAAUAUGGAUGAAUUACAAAAUCAAAUAGCUGAAAAACAAAAACACAUCGAUUCUCUUAAAGCUGAAAAUCAAAAAUUAAAAUCAUCACGCAAACAAGCGAAUGUUUUGAAUUUGGAAAUAGAGGCGGCAGAAAAAUCUUUGACCGAAGUAACUAAUAAACUUGCCAGCCGCUCUUUAGAGUUAGAAACUGCCCAAGAAUCAUUAAAAAGCAAAGAUUCCACUAUUAUACAAUUAAAAAAAGAAAUUGAUUUAUUGGAAUCUUCUAAAGCAUCUGAAAUUAAACACUCUCAAGAAUUAAAACAGCAAAUUGAUCAUCUACACAAGACACUCAGAGAUGAAAUGCAUAGCAAACAACAAGCAUAUGAUAAAUCAAAGGUUCUGGAACAAGAUGUAGAGAAUCUAAAACUAGAACUAGAAAAUGUUAAAAUAGAAUUGGCACAAUCCACCAGCAAUCAAGAAACUGCUUUAAAAUCUUUAAACAACGAAAGGGAGCAACUGACAUUACAACUUACCGCUACACAACAGGCUCUAACAGACUGUGAACAAAAACUUAAACAGGCUGAAAGAACGACCGAUGAUUUACGCGUGGAAUAUUUGGACUAUAAGGUAAAGGCCCAGGCUGUUCUAAGGAAAAAUCAAAAUCGUGAUUCAUCCAAGGAAAGAGAACUCGAAGAGGAAUUGGUUAUGAUGAGAGCUACAGAGACACGGCUGAAUACCACCAUACAAACAUUAACUACUAAAAUAGAAAGUUUAGAAAAACAAAAGGAUCAACUGAACGAUGAUAACAUGAGCUUACAAAAACGUUCCAAUGAAUUAAUGACACUUAUCGAGGAUAUACGUCAACAGAACGAUGCCCUAAAUCAGGAAAUCCAACAACAUAUCCAGCAGCAACAUGAAACUUUGAAACAACACCGGCAACAAAUUGAAUCAAUGGAUAAUUGUCAUAAAGAGCAAAUACAAUCAUUAAAUGCUUCACAUCAACGUCAACUGGAACAAUUGCGCAAAGAACUCUCACAGCACAUACGUUUACCACCAACAAUAGGGGCUACAAAAUCCUCAAAUCUACCUUCUCACCUACACAUCGAUCAUCACUCCAUCGAUCAGGGUAAACUUGAUUUUCUCCUCAUGGAACGUGAAGAUGCCGAAGGUUCUGAAGAAGCAGCCGAAACUUUAGCUAGUUUAGCAGCAUCACGUAAAAUUUCUAAUGAUUCUUCAUCUGCCAAACGUUCCUUACACGAUUUUAUGCCUCUCGAUGAAUUGUUAAAUACACCCUUAAAUGCCAUUAACAGUGAAACGUUAAUCACAAAUACCCAACAACAGCAACAACAACAUCACUAUAUAAUGGAUAAUACAAUGAAUGCAGAAAGAGAUAACUCCGAUUUCCUGCAAUUAGAAUUAAAUUCCACAAAAGAACGUCUGCAGAAGCAAGAGAGCAGAGUACGUCAUUUAACCGCUUUGUUGGCGGAAAAUGAACAAGAUCUUGCCAAGUUAACGCAAAUGAAUGAUAUGCUUAAGGAGGAGCUGCGCAGACAAGAACGUUCUGUGGAAAGAGAGCAGCAUAUGCAUAAUUCGGAAUAUGUUAAAAAUGUAAUAAUGAAGUUUUUAACAUUAAAUAAUGCAGAUGAAAAAACUCGUUUAGUACCUGUUUUGAAUACGAUACUUAAAUUAAAUAGAUCCGAAGCAGAAAUGCUUAAUUGUGUAGCUAAAGGGCAGAAAGUGACUGAAACAACACAACGUACUGGUGGUUGGGGCAAUUUCUUACCAUGGGGUAAUAAUAGUAAUAAUAAUAACUAGUAUUAUAUAUAAGUAAGAAAAUACAAGUAAAUGAUGCCCUUUAAAAAUGUAAAUUCUUGUCACUAAAGUUUCCAUAAGUCCAUUUUAUUUGUUUUAAUUUAUUACAUAAUUCCAAAAUAUUAUAGUCUCUUUAUAAUAUUUAUAAAUACCUACCUAAUAGUAAUUAAACAACAAUAGAAUUCCAAUUUGUUUGUAAUUAUUUUCGGCUGAAUUUUUUACUUUAUAUAUAAUUUAAAUUUAUAUUAUUAUAUAUACGCUGUUUGUAUAUAGUUUAUUGUAUUAUUUUAUAACUUUUUCCAAAU